UUUUAGAGCAGGAAUUCUUUGUAAUUUAAAAGUCUCAACAUUUUUGCGUGAAUAUAUUUAUGGUUUAUAUGUUUGGUUAUAUAACUGUAAUAUGGAAGAAGCUAAAGAACCUUCUUUAUUAAAUUAUUCAACAUUUUCUGAAUUUUUUAAUAGAGAAUUAAAAGAGGGGAUUAGGCCAAUUACUUUAUAUUCUGAUUUGGUUUCACCAGCAGAUGGAACUGUUCUGCAUUUUGGCAAAGUUAUUGACGGACGUAUUGAAUGCGUAAAGGGGCAGGAUUAUGAAAUAAAUGAAUUUCUUGGUCCAUUUAAUAUAAAUAAAAUAAAGGAGAAUAAUUCCCUAUAUCAAUUAAUUAUUUAUUUGGCCCCCGGUGAUUAUCACGCUUUUCAUUCCCCAACAAAAUGGAAAAUUUUUGAAAAAACUCAUUUUCCCGGUUUUUACCAAUCUGUCAGGCCAACAAAUUUAUUAAAAAAUCCAAAAUUGUUUUGUCAAAAUGAAAGAAUUGUUUUGACUGGAGAAUGGAAAUUUGGGUAUUUUUCGAUGACUCCUGUAGCAGCAAUGUUUGUUGGAAAUAUUGUUAUUUUUGAUGAACAAGAAAAGAACAGAAAAUUAAAAGAAAAUACAAAAUUUGCAAUAAAAGGAUUGUCUGUAAAUCCUGGAGAAAAAAUUGGAGAAUUUAGAAUGGGGUCAGCAAUUGUUUUGAUUUUUGAAGCUCCAAAAAAUAUUAAUUUUUGUAUAGAAGCUGGACAAAAACUUAAAUAUGGACAAAAAUUGUUAAUUUAA